AUGAAGCUCUUUGUUGAAACCCUCGCCGGCAAGACGAUCACCGUCAAGGUCGACCCGUCGGACACCAUCAACGUUGUUAAGGCCAAAAUUCAGGACCAGCAGUGCCUUACCUUUGGCGAGAAGGAGCUAGAGGACAGACGCACCGUGGCCGAUUACAGCAUCCAGGAUGAAUCCACUCUUCAUCUUGAUCUGCGCUACCAGAGAAAGCGAAAGCAGCCAAGUGUCAUGCGUGGUGAGCAGCCCAAAUCUGCAAAAAAGAAGAGAAUGGAGUAUCAAAUCUUUCUCAAAGGGCUUGUAGACAAAACCACCGCCCUUGAGGUUGCCUGCUCGGAUACCGUCAGAAGUGUCAAGGAGAUGAUCCGGGACCGGCAGGACAUUCCCGUGGAUGAGCAGAGGCUGAUCUAUGCAGGGCAACAGCUUGAAGAUGGUCGCACCAUGGAUGACUAUGGCAUCAAGAAGGAAUCUACACUUCACCUCUUGCUCCGCCUCCGAUCAUGCGGUCCUAAUAAUUGCCCAAGAGUACCUAUCCCAACAGUGGUAACCUAG